CGCGUUCGUCAUCCUUCACCCGACAGCCAUCGAGCCGCACAACCCUGACGGUGGCGGCUACACCUGCCCGUUGCCGUCGCGACGGAACAACAACAAUCUGAUGGCGGCCAGGACACGCCGUCUCCGGCAAUCAUCCGCAACGACGCACACGCCGCAGCAAUGAACCGCACUCCUUCGUCGUCGGGCCUGCUCCCGCUCCCCGGCGCUCCCUCGUCUUCGUGGGCCCUCUACCGCGCCCGCCUCACUGCCCUCUUUCGCAGCCCCGAUGUCUCUGUCGUCGCCGCCUUCUGGCUGUUUGGCCUCAUUAACAAUAUCCUCUACGUCCUCGUCCUCUCGGCCGCCCAGGACCUCGUCGGCACCGCCGUGCCCAAGGGCGCCGUCCUCCUCGCCGACGUCGUCCCUUCGUUCGCCACCAAGCUCAUCGCGCCCUACUUUAUCCACCGCGUCCCCUAUGCCUUCCGGGUCUGCGUCUUCGUGACCCUCUCGUGCGCCGGCAUGCUCGUCGUCGCCGGCGCCCCCGCCGACGGCGCCGUCGGCUGGAAGCUGUUCGGCGUCGUGCUCGCCAGUCUCUCGAGCGGCGGCGGCGAGCUCAGCUUCCUCGGCCUGACGCACUACUACGGCCACGCGAGUCUCGCCGCCUGGGGCAGCGGCACCGGCGGCGCCGGCCUGAUCGGCGCCGGCCUGUACGUGCUGCUGACCGGCUGGUUCGGGCUCGGCGUCAGGGGCAGCCUGCUGGUCGGCGCCACGCUGCCCUCCGUCAUGGUGCUCGCUUUCUUCGUCGUGCUGCCGAGGGCCCCGCUCAAGGGCUGGAAGUCCGGCUACGAGCCGGUCGGCGAUUGCGAGGGCCUGCUGCCCCGCGAGGAGGACGAAGGGUUCGAGGACGUGCCCGCCGGCGCGGCGUCGGCGGGGUUGCUCGCGCCGGGACCGUCGGUGGCGGCUACCGCGUACACGCACACGCAUAACUCGCAUCAUCACGGCGCCGCCGCCCCGGGCAAGACGACGCCGUCUUCGUUGUCGUCGUUCUGGGCGAAUGUGCGCCGGGCCCGGGCGCUCUUCUUCCCCUACAUGCUCCCGUUGCUGCUGGUCUACGUCGCGGAAUACACUAUCAACCAGGGCGUGGCGCCGACGUUGCUGUUCCCGCUAGAGAAGUCGCCCUUCUCCGAGUUUCGGGAGUUCUACCCCUUCUACGGUUUCCUCUACCAGCUCGGCGUCUUCAUCUCCCGCUCCUCCACGCCCUUCGUCCGCAUUCACCACCUCUACUUCCCCUCGCUCUUGCAAGUCGCCAAUCUCGUCCUCCUGACCCUUCACGCCCUGUUCAACUUCAUCCCAUCCGUCUACAUCGUCUUGCUCAUCAUCUUUUGGGAAGGGCUGCUCGGCGGCGCCGUGUACGUCAACACGUUCGCCGAGAUCAUGGAGAAGGUCCCCGCAGAGGACCGCGAGUUCAGCCUCGGCGCGACCUCGGUCAGCGACAGCGGCGGCAUCUGCAUCGCCGGUUUCGUGGGCAUGGCCAUGGAGGUGUGGUUGUGCCAUUGGCAGGUGAGCCACGGGCGGGACUACUGCCGCCGCAUCGAAACGAGUUGAGAAGUGUGCUUCCUUUUCUUGUUGAUGCUCGCCGCCGGAUUACCAAAAGAGAAGAAAAAAAGAAAAAAAGAAACAACAAAAAAAGAAAGUCACUGGGAAAGUUUUCCCAGAAGCAUUGGAAGA